UGUGAUCCCCAAAAAUAGAAUACUCUAUAAAUAAAGGUUAUCCUUUUGUAAUCUUUUUAACCUUUCAUAUCUUUUAUUAAUGAUAUCUCUAAAGGAAACUCUCACAAUAAUCAGUUUCAAUGUGAAUUCAAACAAUAAAUACUUUAAAAUGAGUUAUGUGAGCGAUCUGUCACAGUCACAGGAAUAUCUUAGUUUCAGAAGUAGCGUACCUUUAAGACGAAUAGUCGUUGACACAAACAAUUCCAAAAUCGGAUGGAGAAUAUUCGAUUCCGGUCCAAAAACAGUACGAUGUCCUCUUGUGUGCCUUCCGCCCGUCUCAGGUACUGCCGAUGUUUUCUUCAAGCAAGCCCUUGCCUUAUCCGCAAAAGGCGUCCGGGUAAUUUCCGCCGAAGCUCCAGUUUAUUGGAACAUUAAGGAAUGGUGCGAAGGUUUUAAGAAACUGCUAGAUUAUUUAGAGUUGGAUCGUGUACAUCUUUUCGGAGCUUCAUUAGGCGGAUACUUGGCUCAGAAAUUCGCGGAGUAUUCGUACUUAUGUCCUAGAGUCGCAUCUCUAAUUCUCUGCAAUGCCUUCACGGAUACAAGCGUUUUUAAUAAUCACGAUUCGGCCGCAUUGUAUUGGAUCUUGCCAGGGCUCGUACUUAAACGUAUGGUCAUGGGAAAUUUCAGUUCUGGAAAAGUUGAUCCUGAUAUGGUUGACGCAAUCGAUUUCAUGGUUGAAAGGCUGGAAAGUUUGCCUCAAGCGGAGCUUGCUAGUCGACUUACUUUAAAUUGUGUUAAGGGGUACGUGGAAGCCCACAAACUCGCAGAAGUGCCAGUCACAAUUGUCGAUGUUUUUGACGAGUACGCUCUAUCAAAUACUGUUCGUGAAGAGUUAUAUAAGUGUUACCCAUCAGCCAAAUUAGCACAUUUAAAAUCGGGAGGAAAUUUUCCAUAUCUCAGUAGAUGUGCAGAAGUUAAUUUACAUUUAUUGAUACAUCUAAGACAGUUUGACGGUACACCGUACUCGGCUGCCGACCGCACCCUGCUCGAAAAGACAAAGUCUUCCAUUUGAAAAGUAAUUUUAAAGACUCGCAAUACUAAUCGAUAUACCUAAUUAUGUGUGUGAAUCGGACUGCCUAAAUACUACGAGCCAAUAUGCGAAAGACUCGAAUUGCGAUCUAAGACUAACUCCCAAAGAUAUUCAUGUACAUUUUGUACAAAGCCCGUAUCCUGUAGUUUGUAAAAAGAUUUGAUGUGAUAAAUAGUGAUUGUAGAUUAAGAGUGCCGUAUUUUGAAAAAUUUUGUAUUACAAAUAUACAUGUCAUUUUAAUAUCUAUUUAGGCGAUUAAUAAAUACAUUUUCUCC